AUGGCUUCCCAGAACCGCAACCCAGCCGCCACCCGCAAAGGAGCCCAGCCCAGCGGGGGCGCCGCCCGGGGCCCUGUGGGCAAGAGGCAGGAGCUGAUGGCCCUUAUGAUGUCUGGUGACAAAGGAAUUUCUGCCUUCCCUGAAUCAGACAACCUUUUCAAAUGGGUGGGGACCAUCCAUGGAGCAGCUGGCACAGUGUCCGAGGACCUGAGGUAUAAGCUCUCCCUGGAGUUCCCCAGCGGCCACCCUUACAACGCGCCCACUGUCCAGUUCCUCACGCCCUGCUACCACCCCAACGUGGACACCCAGGGGAACAUCUGCCUGGACAUCCUGAAGGACAAGUGGUCUGCCCUGUAUGACGUCAGGACCAUCCUGCUGUCCAUCCAGAGCCUGCUAGGAGAACCUAACAUCGAUAGCCCUUUGGACACGCAUGCCGCUGAGCUCUGGAAAAACCCCACAGCAUUUAAGAAGUAUCUGCAAGAAACCUACUCAAAGCAGGUCUCCAGCCAAGAACCUUGACUGUCUAGCCUCCUCCUUGUGUUGUCUUUUUAUUUUCUUUUUAGAUGGUCUGUCUUUUCCUUCGUUUCUGCCUAGGACUCUGUAUUUUAAACUGUGGUGUCAUUUUUGUU